UUGAACCUAGCCGGCAACGCGAUCACUAUGAUACUUCAGGGAGCCUUCGCGGCGCACGGUCACCUCCAGCACCUCGUCCUUGCUGAGAACAACCUGAAGUACAUCAACAAGUGGGCGUUCACUGGCGUGCCUGAACUGCAUGCUCUCGACCUGACCUCUGCCGGUAUCGACUACCUACAUCCAGGAACCUUCAGAGACGCCUGGAAUCUGGCGAUCUUGCAACUUGCCGGCAACAGCUUUGUGGCACUGGCACCGGGCACGUUCGCUGGACUUCACCACGUUGAACACCUAGACUUCAGUGGCAGCCAGAUUGCUUGGGUGGGACCAGGCGCCUUUGAUGAUACCGAGGGCAUCCUGAGGGUGGAUAUGCCAAGCCAGCAGAUCUACUGGAUUGGAGACGACGCUUUCAGAGGGCUGAGAGAGAUCGAGGACCUCGACCUGUCUGACAACCAUCUCAGCACCCUCACUGAAGAGGCGUUUGAUGAGCACGUGCUUCAUUCCCAUGGCCACCACCACAGCCACAUACAUCUAGAUCUCACGGGUAACCCGAUCAACUGUGACUGCAACAUCGCCUGGCUGCUAGCCCAUCCAUUCUCCACCAGCGGAACGUGCAGCGCUCCACAAAACAGGAUUGGCACUUCCCUGAGCGACCUCACCGAAGAUGUACUCGGCUGCCCUUAAAGAGCAGACGACGGCAGGUGGCGCUGAAGACGCUGCAUCACUGACCAUCGUGGAUUCUUUUAAAUUGCACUGUUACGUCACUUGUUUGUGUUUGUUGUGAGAUUAUUAAUAUUUAUUAUUCACAUAUAUAUUUACUAAUAAUAACUAUUGUUAUUAUUGUUCGUUGUGAUGAGUAAAAAUGGUGUCGAUAUUACCGAUAUUAAAACAGCGUGAUAUUAUAAUGACACAAA